GAAAGCAGUGAAUACGAUGAGCUGGAGCCAAGACAGGGCGACGCCUUCCCAGUAGUGCCCACUCGCUCGCACCUGUCACUCCUCCGGCGACUCCGCCGGGUCUUCCUGAAUCCUGAUUGCUGACCACCGCCGCCGCUUUCUCCUCUACCGGCAGCCGCGAUGUCGGACAGGGGAGGGAAAGGUUACUACACCGCCCCCAGGGGGAAGGCCCUCGCCUCCAAGACAGGAACACCGAACGGAAGGCAGAACAUUUCUGCAAAUGCCCCAAUUGUUCUUUCUGAUUCAGAUUCUGAUUCCGAAGGUUUUCGCGAAGAACCGACUCCCACACAUUCCAAGUCAAAUGGGAAGGCUUCAUCUGAUAGCCUAAAAACUGGUGGGAAGGCUUCAUCUGAUAGCCUAAAAACUGGUGGAAAGGCCUCAUCUUUUUCUAAUGGAGAAGCUGGCAAAGGAGGGAAGACAUUUAGUGCCGGUAAAGGUGGGAAGGGCUCUGCAUCCACUGCAAUGCCUGCAAAGUCUGAUGCAGAACUAAAGCUUGAGCUUGAUAUGCCUUCAAAUUCUAGAAUAUUAAUGAAUUGUGAAGCAACUGAACUAUUGCAACAAAUUCACGAACAUAUGGCAAUCUUAUCAGAGGAUCCGAAGAUAAAAAUUCCUGAGUCAUUCGACAGGACUUUCCAAUUUGCAAAAGAAGGAAAUCAUUUCACCAGUGCAAAGUCUGUGAAAGAAGUGCUGGAUCCUCUUAAAAAAAGUGGUGUUACUGAUGGCGAGAUAUGCAUGAUAGCGAACAUUGGACCUGAGACCAUCGAAGAGGUUUAUGCUCUAGUACCAUCCCUCAAGGCGACUAGGUCGCUCAAUGAAGACCUGAUUACGGAGGCUCUUACUGCCCUCGCUAACAUAAAAGCCCCCAAGUGAACAGCUGAUCAAGCGACAUGGAAUCCUCGACGCAGUCUCUAUGGUGUUUGGGUGUUCAUCAAAAUCAGAUCAUGUGUAUGUGGAAACCGUGCUGUGGCCAUGUGCACGCUCUUGGUCUGACUGGUAGAACUUUGAUUUUUGAAAGCUAGCUUAUCUAACUGCAGAUUUAGCUAGAAUGGUUGGAAUGCUGUACUCUGAAUAUCGAAGUGGCACUCAUGGUGCAGCUGGCCUAAACAAUGAAAGCUGUUGCGGCCUGUUUGUUUCUGCGUC